AUGGCGCAGCCGGUCACCGUGGCCUACGCCACGCCGAGGUCGCGGAAGGGUGGCAAGGGCAUGAAGGGUGGCAUGAAGGGAAUGCCGCCGAUGAUGCAGAUGAUGGCGAUGAUGAUGGGCAUGGAUGGAGGAGGCAAGGGUGGAGGGGACAAGGGAGGGGACAAGGGUGGAGGCAGCUGGGGUGGAGACAGUUGGGGUGGAUGCGGAGGAGGUAGCGCCAGCGUUGUUCCUCCCAAGGUCCAGGUCAAAGGCGGAUGUGCCGGCAAGAGCCCCUGGAGCGAUAGUGGGAAGGGAUGGAGCGACUCGAAUGGCAAGGGCAGUGGCUGGGGCACGGUCGUGCCUUCACGGUGGGGCGAUUCUGCUAGUAAGGGCUGGGGCGGCUCUGCUGGCAAGGGCUGGGGCGACUCCGCAGCUGGCAAGGGCUGGGGCGCCACUUCCGGUGGCAAGGGCUGGGGCGAUGCUUCUAGCAAGGGCUGGGGCAGUGUUGGUGCUAAGGGUUGGGGAGAUUCGGGUGGCAAGGGGUGGGGGGAUUCGGGUAGCAAGGGCUGGGGCGAUGUAGGUGGUGGCAAGGCAUGGGGCGGUGCUAGUGCCAAGGGUUGGGGCGAUGCGGGCGCCAAGGGCUGGGGGAGCGUUGGUGGCAAAGGGUGGGGUGGUUGGUGA